UUCACCCUUCCCUGAAAGGCUACUUCUUUCUCUCUCUCAAAAAAAAAAAUGUUCAGCCACACCAUAAAUAAGAGAGAUGGAAAGGAGAAAGGGUGCCAUAGAAGAGGGAGAAUCCGGCGUGGUAAGCAGGAAGGUCUUGUAUGCUUUUGAGCCAGGUAAAUAUACUGAAAGAGAGAGAUGAUGGUGGUGACAAGAGAAGUGAUGGAGGGGGAAGUAAUUCCAUGGAUGAUGAUGGGAGCAAUGGAGGCUUGUACCAUAGUAUUGACAAUCACGGCAACCACGGCCAUAGCUGGAGGGAUGAGCCCCUUUGUUUUUGUUGUCUAUACCAAUGCUCUUUCUUCCAUCUUUCUUCUCCCCUAUUCCUUGGCUUCUUACAAACACAGCAGGAUAGAACAGCCAUUCAUCACCUUCCCUCUUCUCAUUAGAUGCUUCGUCCUGGGUCUCGUAGGGAUAACUAUUGCUCAAAACCUGGCAUUUGUUGGGCUAAGCUAUAGCUCCCCAAUUGUGGCAUGCGGAAUGGGCAACUUGAUCCCCUCUCUUUCCUUCUUGCUUGGUCUUAUUGUCAGGAGCGUGGCGUUUGAUUGGAGAGGGUCGAGCAGCCGGGCGAGAGUAAUCGGCACUUUGAUAUCAAUAGCCGGAGCAAUCUCACUCACUCUCUAUAAGGGGCCAGUAAUUAGGCAGCAGCCAUAUUCAUUAUCAUCAUCAUCAUCUUCUUCUUCUUCUUCUUCUCUUCAUCUUCUGCUUCGUCUGGUGCCCCGAAUCUUCGUCUUCUCCUCGAGGCAUGAAAACUGGGUUCUGGGCUGCAUUUCCUUGGCAGCUGCCUCUUUAGCCCUCUCACUUUGGAACAUAAUUCAGGUUGGGACUGUGAAACUAUGCCCAGAAGUGAUGAAAAUAGCAUCGGUUUACACCUUAAUUGGGACGAUCCAAACUGCAAUAUUUGCAAUGUUCAUGGAGAGAGAUCCAACUGCAUGGAGAGUGAAAUUUGACAUGCAACUCCUAAUCAUUGUUCUAACGGCUAUUUUUGGCAGUGUGAUUCGCAGCCGGGUGCAGCUAUGGUGCAUGAAGUUGAAAGGCCCCUUUUAUGUGCCACUCUUCAAGCCGCUGGGCAUUCCCAUUGCAACCUUCUGUGGCUGUGUCUUCUUUGCCGACACUUUCCAUUAUGGAAGCAUGAUGGGAGCAGCCAUAGUUGGGAUAGGAUAUUACGCAGUGAUGUGGGGACAAAUGACAGAACAUGAAAGCCACCAUGUUCAUCAUCAAGCUACUGAUCAGAGCUUACCAGCUGAUGCCAAGCGUCCUCUUCUGCAGGAACCAGACUCUCAAGUUUAAUUAAUUUAUUAUUAGGGCUUGUAUCUAUAUAUAUGUAUAUAUAUAUCUAUAUCUAUAUCUAGCUGAAAAGCUUUGGAAGCAACUGAUAGAAGAAUACACAAGUAUUCUGAUAUCUCAUGUGUUAAUGAAAUGGAUGUGAAUAAGUCAAUA